GAGGGAGACCGCUAUUUAUGACAGCGUGCAUGGCAUCAUACGAAGAAUCGGAUCAAUAGAUGUCUCUCGUAAAAAUGGCGAAAAACACAUCUCUUUAUUUUCGAAUCGUCGAGGGCAGAAACCUCCCCGCCAAAGACGUAUCCGGGACCAGUGAUCCUUACUGCAUCGUCAAAGUUGACAAUGAAGUUGUGGCCAGGACUGCUACGGUGUGGAAGAAUCUUAACCCUUUUUGGGGGGAAGAGUACACCCUACAUCUUCCAAUGGGAUUCCAUUCACUGUCGUUUCAUGUCAUGGACGAGGAUACGAUUGGGCAUGAUGAUGUUAUCGGAAAAAUUACACUGAGCAAAGAAGUGAUUGGAUCUCAAGCUAAAGGGCUCGAUAGCUGGGUGAACCUGACGAGGGUCGACCCUGAUGAAGAAGUCCAAGGAGAGAUUCAUCUUAGUCUGCAGCUUCUGAAAGGCACAAAGAAGCUCAGCCUUCGUUGCCACAUCAUUGAAGCCAGAGACUUGGCUCCAAGAGAUAUUUCUGGAACCUCUGAUCCCUUUGCGAGAGUUAUUUUCAACAACCACAGUGCAGAGACAUCGAUCAUUAAGAAGACCCGUUUCCCUCACUGGGGAGAGACAUUAGAGCUGGAGCUGGAUGCCGAGGCGAUCAAUGAGGAGGAGGGCACGGUUAUUGUGGAGGUUUGGGACUGGGAUAUGGUGGGCAAGAAUGACUUUCUGGGAAAGGUGGAAGUCCCUUUCGUCUGCUUGCACAAGACACCUAUGUUAGAGAGCUGGUUUCGUUUGCUGCCCUUGGGAAACAACGAGGUUGAUGCUGGUGGCAAGCUGGGAGCGCUGCGUCUGAAGGUGCGCCUGGUGGAGGAUCGGAUCCUGCCGUCUAUGUACUAUCAGCCACUCGUCGACCUUCUGGUUGAGUCGGUAAUCUCCCCCGCAGAGGUGGAGGACAGCAGCUCCCUGACCAUGUUGGAGGAGGUGACUACAGUCGAGAGCAGACAGGAUGUCGCGAUGACUCUGGUGAAGAUCUACCUGGGACAAGGCCUGGUGGUUCCAUUCCUUGAUUAUCUGAACACCCGGGAGGUCAACCACACCACUGAUCCAAACACUUUAUUUCGCUCCAACUCACUUGCUUCGAAGGCCAUGGAGCAAUUCAUGAAGGCUGUUGGCAUGCUGUAUCUGCAUGAAGUGUUGAAACCCAUCAUCAAUCGCAUCUUUGAUGAAAGGAAAUACAUUGAGCUGGACCCAUGUAAGAUUGACCUGAACCGCACAAGACGUAUUUCCUUUAAGGGUGCGGUGUCUGAGGCAGAGGUGCGGGACAGCAGUGUGGAGAUGCUGCAGACCUAUUUAACCAGCAUCACUGAAUCAAUCGUGAGCUCCGUUGAUCAGUGUCCUCCUGUCAUGAGGGUGGCCUUCAAACAGCUGCACAAGAGAGUAGAGGAGCAGUUUACAGAGCCCGAGAAUGAGGAUGUGAAGUACCUGGCCAUCAGUGGAUUUUUCUUCCUGCGUUUUUUUGCUCCUGCUAUCCUUACACCUAAACUGUUCCAUCUUAGAGACCAGCAUGCUGACACACGAACAAGCAGAACGCUUUUACUACUGGCCAAGGCACUGCAAAGUGUCGGCAACUUGGGGCUUCAGCUGGGCCACGGAAAAGAGCAGUGGAUGGCGCCUCUUCAUCCCAUCAUCCUUCGCAGUGUGGCCUCCGUCAAAGACUUCUUGGACAAAUUGAUCGACAUAGAUCAUGAUAUUGUGUCUGAGGUGCCUCAGAGGGUUGUGUUCAUGCCGUCAGUCACAGUUAAGGAGGGGUAUCUGCACAAACACAAGGCAGAGGGACCACAACUGCUCUCCCGCUUUGCCUUUAAGAAACGCUACUUCUGGUUGACUAGUGAGACGUUAUCCUAUGCCAAGACCUCUGACUGGCAGGUGCGCUCUUCUAUCCCUAUUCACUGUGUGUGUGCUGUGGAGAGGGUGGAUGAAAAUGCCUUUCAGCAGCAAAAUGUAAUGCAGGUCAUCACCCAGGAUAAUGACGGACAGCUGCACACCAUGUACAUCCAGUGCAAGAAUGUGAAUGAGCUGAACCAGUGGCUCUCUGCGAUCCGUAAAGUCAGUAUUUACAACGAACGCAUGCUCUCGUCUUUCCAUCCGGGGGCACAUCGCAGUGGAAGGUGGACCUGCUGCAUUCAGGCUGACCGUGCUGUUACAGGUUGCAGCAGAACCCACUCAGCUGUAACUCUGGGUGACUGGAGUGACCCACUGGAUCCUGACGUGGAGUCUCAGAUGAUCUACAAGCAACUUCUCCAGGGCAGGGACAAACUCAGGAAAAAAUAUCUGGAGCUGCCAGAUGCUGAUCAAAUGCUGAGUAAUAAGGAAAAGAGGAUUAACUCUGAUGUUCACCCAGAUGGUGCUGAAAGCAACGUUCAGCAAAUGAAGCCCGGCCAGAGUGUUGCUGCACGGCUGUUGGUGGUGAUAGAGGAUCUGGAGCAAGCUCACGCCACCUUCCAGCACAGAGAAAAAGAGGAUGCCACCAGUGUCAUUCUGAAUCCAUAGACUAUAUACUGUCUAAUAUCUAUUCAUGUUAAAGGGAGAGGGGGGUGGUUCUAGAGGAGGAGGGCUACCAAUAUGAUCCCUUUUUGAAAAGUGGCCACAUGGUUCAACGUCCUGCAACCUUUUAGUACAUUUCCCGCUGGCUGUAAAGUGCAGUGGGGGAUUCUGUCACUUUUAAUCUUUUUGUACUCUCUGAGUGCCACCGACAACAGCGGCAGGAGGAGAUUACCACACUUGACGAUAAAGGGGGGCAUGGGGACUUAUGUGCAUGAUCUGGCUUGAUAUUUUUUGUAAAUAAUGAACAAUCUGUUGCAUGGCCUUCAUCUUCUUGUGAAAUGGGAAAAAGAAGAUUUUAUAUUUAAAGGUACUGGAAGGGACCUCAUUCACACAUUUUUAUGCAAAAAGCUUUUUUCUCGUGGUGUUUUGAUAUUUUCACGUUUUGUACAUAUAUUGAGGCAAUUAAUCAACAUGUUCACAAUGUAGCACUGACAUAACCAUUACGGGUUAUUGCACCAUGACUUCAUGAAACAGUGAUGCACUUGCCUCAGUGUAAUGCUGCCAGUACAGUGAGCAUAAUGAAUGUUAUGUUUUUAUUUGCUGUUAUGGCCAGUCUAUGUAAUAAGGAGGUAUAAAUCUAAUUUUUUUUUUUUUUUUCAAAGAAAGAAAAUCUAGGGAUGUAGCCAUCCCUUAAGUCAUAUGGGUAAUAUUUACCAGACUCACAAGUGUCAGGAUAUAUUUGAGAGGCCAAAUUCAGUCAUUUUCCAGACCUGCUUCAGUCCUAUUCCAUGUGGAGGUCUACUGAGUGAGGAGGCGAACCUCCACACCAGUCAUCACCGAUUAACAUAUAAACAUGACAAGAUCCAGACGCAGCAGGGAUUUUCGACCAGGACCUGUUAGCCGUGAGGCAACAGUACUUAC